GCAGCCUACUUCCACAUUUCUAUGGAUACGAUUAACUGGCUGUCCUUGGUGUACCUCCUCAUAUCGAUCCCUUUCGGCCUGGUGGCAACGUGGGUUCUCGACAGCAUGGGACUCAAGUGUGCCGUGAUCCUCAGCGCCUGGCUGAACAUGGUCGGCAGCAUCGUCCGGGCUUUCAGCGUCGUCCGCUUCUUGAACCUGGGCGCCCUGACCCACGCAUACCUGUUCAUGGGGCAGUGCCUCUGCGCACUGGCACAGCCGCUCGUCAUCUUUUCUCCCACAAAACUGGCGGCCCUGUGGUUCCCAGACCACCAGAGAGCUACGGCAAAUAUGAUCUCUUCAAUGUCUAAUCCCUUGGGAAUUCUCGUCGCUAACUUGCUGUCCCCUGCACUCGUGUCGGAAGAAAAAGACAUCCCACUGAUGCUCGGUGUGUACACCAUCCCUGCUGUGACCGCCUGCGUUCUAGCAACGGUUGGGGUGCGGGAGAAGAUCCCUCCAACUCCGCCAUCGGCCAGCGCCACUCAUUCCACAUCGCAGCCAUUUUUCACAGGCUUGAAAAUGCUAGUGAGAAACAAAUCGUACGUCAUCCUGAUGGUCAGUUUCGGAGCCGGGAUUGGGAUGUUCACCUGCUUUUCAGCUCUUCUGGAGCAGAUCCUGUGUGUGAUGGGGUACUCGAACUUCUUCGCAGGCCUGAAUGGGGCGCUGUUCACUGUGUUUGGGCUACUUGGCGCUUUCCUGCUGGGGCUGUACGUCGACAAGACUAGGGCAUUUACAGAAGCCACCAAGGUCUCCUUCUGUCUGACUGCGCUCGCCAGCAUCGCAUUUGCUGUGAUGUCCCGGUUCAGGAAUCAGACCGUCCCCCUGGCUCUCACCAGCUCCCUGUUCGGCUUCUUUGGCUUUUCCGUCUACCCCGUUGCUAUGGAGCUCGCGGUGGAAUGCUCCUACCCGGUGGGAGAGGGAACAUCCACAGGCCUCGUUUUUGUGUCAGGCCAGAUCCAGGGCGCGGUGCUGAUGCUGCUGCUGCAAGCCCUCACAGUGCCGACCACCGCAGCCCCGUUCUCCACCUGCGACACUGCGGAAGGGGGGGCCUUAGACUGGACAAUCUCCACCCUGGUGUUGGCUGGAGUGUGUAGUUUUGUCGCCUGCUUCUAUGUGAUCUUCUUCCACACCGACUACAAGAGACUCCGUGCCGAAGCAGCCAGUGCUGCCUCCAUCAACACCACGGGAGCUGAAGCAACAAUCCCUGAAGCUUAAAACAUCCUGUUGAUGAUGGUACACGAGCGUCCUGGGACUAGCGAACUAAUUGCUGUGGGAAAGCGAGUCACACCGGUGCAUUCAGUGGGUACGCCGGGGCCCUGAGCCCGAUGCAUAUUUGCUCUUGCAACACAAAUGCUGCUCCAAGUUUGCUGACAGAAGGGCUGGACCAAGCUGAUGGCCUGUCCCUGGGGGUCUCUGUUGGGCCCUACCAGAGCCUGAGCCACACUUGAGGACAUGACACACGGGAGGGGGCAUUUGCACUAGACAGAUCUCGCUAACGUGAUUAAAAGAACCAAGGACGGAUGGACAGCCCUGAAGAGAAGACUGGGUUGCAAUGGCAACACUAGCGUAUGGCCAGGGAGAGAAACCUCAUGUUUCAGAAUUUAAGGCAGUUUUUUUAAGGACCACAGGUUGGUGUGAGAUCAUGGGGCAGGAAGGAGAGUUUGUCUGUACCUAUCCUGCAUCUUCCUCUGAAGUAUCUGGUGCCAGUAUCUGGUCUAGAAGGUCCAUGGUUUUUAUUGGUACGGCAAAUCCGACAGCCCGUUGGCCCUGGGAGUGAACUUCCGUCGAGGAAUGGAGGUGGUGGAACCUGGGAAGGUGGGUUUCACCUGUGCCUGCUGCUGGCAGCUGUGUUUUGUUCAGUAUUCGCUAAGACCGCCACCCUGGGCACAGCGCAUGCUUGUGAAAUCGCCUGCCAACGGCUUUACCUGUAGCCAAGCGCAGGAAAGCCUGCUAUUUAAGCACCUGUUGCAUAGGCAGAAAGGUCCCCGAAAGCCGGAAAGGUCCCCAAAAGCGAGAUUCAGGAUCAGCACGUUACACUACUGGGUUCUAGACCCUCCUCCUGCCCCCAGCCCCUUGCCUGCUGCACGGUCAGAGAUGCGGAAUUCAUUACUCCCGCCUUCACUCCCUUCUAACAGGUACAGCUGAACAAACGAGCCAGCCUACCUCUGAACUCCUUGAGCCCCAGGGGCUUCCUAGAAUGAUCAGGGACCAAUGACUGAAACUCGACUCGUGGGAAACUGCCAUUUCCAGCAACUAGGCUCAGUCCAAUCUGAGAUGGAACAAACUUUCUUGGAGUUUCCAGGGCCGAGGAAAUUCUUAGGAGUUUUUGGAUUGGGGAUCCCAACAGGGGGUGUUUCCAACAGGAAAUAAGAUUCCCAGGUCACAGCAGCUGGUGAGCGAAAUUAACACAACUCGCAUCAGUUUUGCUGCUGAUCCACCAACCAAAAGGGGUUGAGGUCUAAGACCCAUGCUGCAGUUCUCUGGCAAGGAACUACAAGCCGAGUCCAGCUGUCCAAGUUGGGAUGCUAAUUCCCACUGGUGGCCUGUCAGUGCUGACAUGCCAUCUGUGACAGUGCUUGUCAGAAGCUAGCGGAUCACGUGCUGUACUCAGAACUUGCAAACAAUAGGACCCAUUUGUCUUGCUCUGACAUGAACAAAGGGCUUGAGGUCCUUCGGAACUUAGCACUGAGUGAG